AUGGGCGCCCGCCAAGAAGAGCCAGUACGAGGCUACGAGCUCGAGCGCGACGCGCGCAUCAAGCGCAAUGAGGAAUGGAUGAUAGCACACGGCUUCAACCCCUACGGCAGCGGCCCAUUGAAGGAGAUCAAGAAGAAAGCGCCGCCGAGGCCGCGCGCGCCCAAGAAGUACGUGCCCGAGUCCAAGCGCCGCCGCUCGGCGCGCCUCGCGGGCGAGACGGCCGGACCCGAGCGCCUGACGUACGACGGGUCGGACGACGAGCGCCCGAAGCGCCGCUCCCAGAGCUCGCGCCGCUGGAGGGUCCGGCGUGGUCGACGACCUCUCCGACGAACGGCGCGCGGGCCUCGAAAAAUUCACCCUCAACCUGGACGCCUUCCUGGACGGUUUUGAGGCGUGGAUGGGGCCGGACGGCGAGCACCCGGUCUCCGAACAAAACCGCCGCUCGGUCAUCCGCCAGGUGAGAAAGCUCGUGUCGGGGGAGGGCGUGACCUACUCCUACUGGCCGGAAGGCAGGGUCUUCCGGAAAGACGAGCCCGUCACGAUGCAGAGCGACAUCUCGGCGAUCAUCGAGGACGCCAGGGACUACGAGGACCAGUAUGGAGAGGACCGGGGCCACGGUUGGCUCCUCAACCACCCGCUCCGCAAGCUCCUCUUCUACCAGCACUACCUCGACACGAAGGCGCGGCUCGCGCCCGCGGCGACGACGCCGACGAAGAAGGCGAAGCGCGCCAAGGCCAACUAUUGCACCGCUGCCUGA